AGUGAAACAAGAAAGACAAUAAAGUAGUGUGAUGGAAUACGAGGUGGUGGGUUUAUGGGUGUUAGCCAUGUUGGUGUGGAUGGGGUGGGCAAUGGUUAUGGAACGUAGGCAGCAUCAUGGUCUGCUUCCACCAGGACCAAGAUGUUGGCCAGUGGUUGGCAACAUUUUCCAACUAGGCUGGUCACCCCACGAGUCCUUCACAAAACUGGCUCACAGACACGGUCCAAUCAUGACCCUCUGGCUAGGUUCCAUGUGCACGGUGGUUGUCUCAUCCAGCCACGUGGCUCGUGACAUGUUCAAGAAGCAUGACGUGGUUCUUGCUGGGAGGAAGAUUUAUGAGGCCAUGAAAGGUGACCAAGGCAGUGAGGGCUCCCUCGUUACUUCUCAAUACAACUCUCACUGGCGCAUGCUAAAGCGCUUGUGCACCACUGAGUUCUUUGUCACCAGUCGCUUAGACGCCAUGCGGGGUGUACGUGCCAGAUGCAUACACCGCAUGAUGCACUUGAUGGAAGAAGCUAGUGAAUCUGGCACCACUGCUGUUGAUGUUGGUAGAUUCUUUUUCUUCAUGGCUUUUAACCUUAUUGGGAACCUCAUAUUCUCCAAGGACUUGUUGGACUCCGAAACGGAGAGAGGGGAUACAUUUUAUUACCAUGCAGUUAAGGUUAUGGAGUAUGCUGGGAAGCCUAAUGUGGCAGAUUUCUUGCCAAUUCUAAAGUGGCUUGAUCCUCAGGGUAUAAGGAGGAAGACACAAUUCCAUGUUAACAAAGCCUUUGAUAUAGCAGGGUUGUUCAUCAAAGAGAGGAUGGAAAGUGGUUGCAGUGGAUCAAAGGAAAGCAAAGACUACUUGGAUGUCCUAUUGAACUUUCGUGGGGAUGGUGUCACCGAGCCCUGUACCUUUUCUUCAAGAACUAUUAACGUUGUUGUCUUUGAAAUGUUCACUGCAGGGACAGACACCACAACUAGCACAAUGGAAUGGGCGAUGGCAGAGCUUCUGCACAACCCAAGAGUGCUAAGGAAAGUGCAGAUGGAGUUAAGGAGCAAAAUAGGGCUAGAUAGGAAUAUGGAAGAAAAGGACAUAGAGAAUCUUCCCUACCUCCAAGCAGUGAUAAAGGAGACACUGAGACUUCACCCACCCCUUCCUUUUCUGGUUCCUCACAUGGCCAUGGACUCUUGCAACAUGCUUGGCUACAAUAUUCCCAAAGAGUCCCAAAUUUUAGUGAAUGUUUGGGCAAUUGGGAGGGACUCCAAAGUGUGGGAUGCUCCCUUGUUGUUCUGGCCUGAAAGGUUUCUGGAGCCAAACACGGUGGAUUACAAGGGACGACAUUUUGAGUUUAUUCCCUUUGGUUCGGGUCGAAGAAUGUGCCCAGCCAUGCCACUUGCCUCUCGUGUACUUCCCCUGGCACUAGGCUCCCUCUUGCACUCUUUUGAUUGGAUUUUGCCCGAUGGCCUUAAACCAGAGGAGAUGGACAUGACAGAGGGAAUGGGAAUAACGCUAAGAAAAGCCCUUCCUUUGAAAGCCAUACCAGUGCGUUACAGAGGACCUCUUGUUGCAAAUGAGUAAAACUGUAAUGGCAUCAAAGCGUUCGCCAUAAGUUAAAACCAAAAAAAAUAAUGUUUAAAUUAUCUAUCGCCUUCAAAGACUAGUAUAGUUAUCAUGCACAAUGUUAUGUCAGAAUUGAAGUCACAAAGAACAUGGUUUGAGUGGCGUUCUAAUAUCGCCGAUCAGAUGUAUUCAAUGUAAGAUAUCUAUAUAUAUGAUGAUGCACCGACUAGACGUUUCUUUCAUCAUGAACACCAGCUAACAGGUCUCCUUGGUCGUGUUCUGGCUCAAAAGCUUUGAAAGACAUCUUACCUGAGGAUAUCCUUGUUACAAUACCAAAAAAUGUUUGGAUGAAGAACGAUAUACCAGAAAAAUUCAUACUGUUGGAGUGUUUGCUGUUUCUGUUAAUAUAAUGUAGCCCUUCUAGGU